AUGACUUCCCCCAUUGAGAUCGUCAACAUGUCCCCCCAGGACUACCGCAACCGCAAGGUCGCCCUUAUCACUGGUAUCACCGGUCAGGACGGUUCUUACCUCGCUGAGCUCUUGAUCGAGAAGGGUUACCAGGUCCACGGUAUCAUCCGCCGCUCCUCCUCCUUCAACACCGGCAGAAUCGAGCAUCUGUACAAGGAUGCCCACGAGAACCCCAAGAUGCGUCUUCACCACGGUGAUUUGACCGACUCCACCUGCUUGGUUCACAUCAUCUCCAAGGUCCUCCCCACUGAGGUUUACAACUUGGGUGCCCAGUCCCACGUCAAGGUCUCCUUCGAUAUGUCCGAGUACACAGCUGAUGUCGAUGCCGUCGGAACCCUCCGUCUCCUCGAUGCCAUCCGCACCUGCGGCCUUGCCCACCUCGUCCGCUUCUACCAGGCCUCGACCUCUGAGUUGUACGGAAAGGUUGCCGAGAUCCCCCAGAGCGAGACCACCCCCUUCUACCCCCGCUCGCCCUAUGGUGUUGCCAAGAUGUAUGCCUACUGGAUCACCAUCAACUACCGUGAGGCCUAUGACAUGUAUGCCUGCAACGGCAUCUUGUUCAACCACGAGUCUCCUCGCCGUGGUCGCACCUUUGUCACCCGCAAGAUCACCUGCGCUGUUGCCGGCAUCCACCUCGGCAAGCAGGAGUGCCUCUACCUCGGAAACUUGGACGCCAAGCGUGAUUGGGGUCACGCCCGCGACUAUGUCGAGGGUAUGUGGCGCAUGCUCCAGCAGGAGACUGCCGAUGACUUUGUCCUCGCCACCGGAGAGAUGCACACCGUCCGUGAGUUUGUCGAGAAGUCGUUCAAGGCCACUGGCAAGACCAUCCGUUGGGAGGGCUCUGCCGAGGAGGAGGUCGGUAUCGAUGAUGAGGGUGUUGUCCGUGUCCGUGUCGACCCUGCCUACUACCGCCCCACCGAGGUCGAGCUCCUCUUGGGACAGCCUGCCAAGGCCAAUGAGAAGCUCGGCUGGAAGCGCAAGGUCACUUUUGACGAGCUCGUUGAGGAGAUGGUCAAGUCCGACUUGAUUGGUGUUGCUGCCGGCGAUGUCUUCAACUAA